AUGGCGCUUCUUCAAGCGCGUGGCCUCACCAGAUCGCUCCCUGGCAAGGACGGGCCGGUGUUCAGCGGCAUAGAUAUCAGUAUUGAGGCUGGGCAGGUACUGUUCAUCAAGGGUCCCAGUGGCGCCGGAAAGACCCUGCUGCUGCGAACAGUGGCACUCCUGGACCCGUCUGAGGGCGGCGCGCUGCAGCUGCGCGGCUUGGCGCCGACGGAGACGGGCAUCCCGGCGUGGCGGUCAGAGGUCACGUACGUCCACCAAGCUCGCGUCGACUUCCCGGGGACGCCCAGAGAGUUCUUUGACGCGGCGCGGCAGCUGGGCACCCGGCGCGGCAGGCGCGCGGGCGACCUGGCGGCGGUUGUGGCUGACAUGGGGCUCGACCCUGAGGUGGUGCUCGACCAGAAGUGGGCCUCGCUGUCGGGCGGCCAGGCGCAGCGCGUGGCCCUGGCGGUGGCGGUCGCCCUGCAGCCGUCGGUCCUGCUAGUGGACGAGCCCACCAGCGCCUGCGACCUCGACUCCGCGCGGCGGGUGGAGGCCGUGCUCAAGGGCUGCGGCGCCGCGGUAAUUUGGGUUACGCACGACCCGGGGCAGCCGCCGCGCGUCGGGGGGCGCCAGCUGGAGCUGCCGAGCGGGGAGGUUUCGGAGGUCGAGCUGCUAGAGGGGGACGGCGAGCCGCCGCGGCCGGGGUCGACGGACGGGUCGGAGCGCUCGGGCCGGAGGCCGUGGUGGAGGCGGUGA